AUGAAGAACUCCUCUUCCUCGGCGCCCUCGCUCCCGGCGACAACUUCGAAGACGACGAAGCCCAGUAAUGGGGCGGGAUGGAACAGUCCGGGUCGGUACGACCUGCUUCUCCACGCCGCCGCCUCCCACGGUCUCCGGUCGCCCGCUCCGUCCUCGGCGGCGGCGGCGGCGGAGGCGAGUGCUGACGCAGCCCGGGCAUUGCGGAAGCGCAAGAGGGAGGAGGAGGCCACCGAGGACGACGAGGAAGAGCCAAUCGUGAUCACCAUGGCUCCUGCAGCUGCUCAGCUUCGUGCGGGGGCGGCAACGGCGUCGGGUCAGGCGGUGAUCACCAUCCCGCGGACCUACACCCACGAAACAGCCAGCAACCUCUUCGUCUUUGCCGAACUCACGGGGGCGCGCAAGCGAGACAUCGCCCUCUCCUUCGACGAGGGGACUCUCCGCCUGAUGGCCUCCCGCCAGCCCUCCCUCGCUCCGGCCUCCGAUGGGGAGGGUGGAUGGGAGGAGGGGGCCAACUACAUGGUCACCAUGCCACUCCCGCCUUGGGUCGAUGACCGACGAAUGAGGUGCGUAAAAAUCACCUUCUCCACGGGGCUCCUGGAGCUCUGCAUCCCCAAAGACCUGGCCCACCACGACGAAGAAGAGUACCCCGUGGCCGCCGCCGCCGCCGGAGCGCCGCCCAUCAACGCGGUCGUGACCGUGAGCGGCAUCGGGGCCGGGCUGACCUCUAGCGGUCGAGAACAGCGCUGGCGGCCCUCCGGCCAUCAGGUGGACCAAGCGACCCUCACCGCCGCCGAGCCUGCUGCGGGGUUCCUCUUUCCCGCGCACGCGGCCUCGGCGUACGCCGAAGCUGUCGGCCACAGCACCCCGCCCACUGAACGGCGGGUCCACUAG